AAAAAUUGGUGAAAAAAAAAUAACGAAAAAGUGAAGCGAAAAAGAGAAAGAGAGAUAACGAAAUAAAGCAUAAAAACUAAAAGCGUGUCAAGAACACAAUCAUAAUUUUUAAAUAUCGGAAAUUGUGCUAUGGUUUAUCAAACAUUUGGAAUCGAAUUUUAGCCAUGGCGCACCGCAACAAGUCUAGCAUGGAUUAUAUAGGCUUGGGUUGCUGUGCGCUAGCAUUUGUCCUCUAUUUCAACACACUGGAUGCGGGCUUCGUUUAUGAUGAUAGGCGAGCGAUAUUGGGUAAUCCUGAUGUAGUACAUACAACGCCAUGGAAGCAUAUUGUGCAAAAUGAUUUUUGGGGAACGCCCUUAACGGAUUCCGGAUCGCACGGAUCGUAUCGCCCAUUAUGUGUACUCAGUUUUAAGCUAAAUCAUUUGUUUGACGGUUACAAACCAUACUCAUAUCAUUUGGUCAACGUUCUGUUGCAUUGUCUGGCAACGGGUCUCGUGGUGAAAGUUGCUCGUCACGUAUUACAAUCGAUAUGGGGAACGAUUGUAACGGGUGCAUUGUUUGCAUCGCAUCCCAUUCACACGGAAGCUGUGGCCGGUGUCGUUGGUCGAGCCGAUUUGGCAUCGUGUAAUUUUUAUCUGUUGGCUUUUUUAACAUAUUGCAAGCACGUUGUGUGGCGAGAACAAAACGAUAAAAGAUGUUGGUCAGCGUUAAUUGGUGCAAUUGUACUGUCAAUAGCGGCUGUGCUUUGUAAAGAAACGGCUGCCACAUCAUUGGUUUUAUGUGCAUUUUACGAUGUGAUUCGGGCCACAAACGGCUAUCGAGAUAAGCAUCGAAUGCGAUCGCUCACCAUCAUUGGAGUUGCGACCGUUGUGAUUCUUCAUUUGCGUUUAUCGCUGCCAGGUCCGGCGAUCGAAUUUUCCACCGCCGACAAUCCAAUCGCUAAAUCACCGUCACGACUCACGCGCUUCUUAACAUUCCUCUAUUUGCCUGCAUUCAAUUUUCAGCUGCUACUGUAUCCAAUGACACUGAGCUUUGAUUGGGGCAUGGACGCGAUACCAAGACUGAAUAGCUUAUGUGAUUUCCGUAAUUUAGCCUCACUGAUAUUUUAUAGUGCGUUUGUGUUUGCUGUGGCAAUUAAUGUGCAUCAUUUACGUCGACGAAUGCAAUUGGUGCAGGCGAUGGCAAAUGUACACUAUCGCAAACCGCGCACCAUAAAGAAACGCAAAGCAUUUCAAUUACCCCCGACAAAUUGUAACAAUAAUAAUGGUAGCAGUUGUAGUUUUGUGAAUGCGACGACGACGACGACAACGACGAACGCGAAUAACAACAUACUGCAUAGUUCUAGUUUGAGUACAAGUUGUAACAAUAAUAGCAGUAAUAAUGCAAUUAAUAAUAGCAGUUAUUUAGCUAAAACAACGGAACAAUUGUGUGAAGUUUGUAAGCAAGGUUCAAAUGUGCGCCAUUCGAGCACUUGUCGUGCAAUUAAUAAUAAUAAUGUGCCGUUGGUACGGUGUGAAUGCCCCGAAUUUCGUCACUCACCGUCACCGCCACGCAAACGACGCCACCAGCAAAACCAACAACAGCAUCACACAUUUACUUCGAGUUCGACCACCGCCUCGAUCUACAACACAACAUCGUCUGCAUGCGGUACGAAUGGUAUGUUACCGAGCAUUUUAACUGGUGGCUCGAACAAGACUUGUAAAAAUAGCCCAAGCAAAAAUUCAUCGACUGCAAAAAGCAUUGCAAAUCAAGCGAAUAAUUGUCAAAAUCUAGAGAUUUCGGCCAAUGGCACAUCGGCGAAAACGAUUGUGGCAGCAGCGACAGCAACAGCAUCGGCAUCAAGUGUUCACAUCGAUUCGACUACAAAUCAUCUGCAUAUAUCACAUCCAUCGACAACCGCAUCAGCCGUUAUUAUGCUAUCCGUAGCGAUGUUAGCACUACCAUUUUUACCCGCCGCCAAUUUAUUCUUCUACGUUGGUUUUGUCGUUGCCGAACGAAUUUUAUAUUUACCAAGUGUCGGUUACUGUUUACUAAUCGGCUUAGGCGUGAGCAAACUCAUGGACACAAAUCGGGUGGGAUCAUUAAGGAGCCCACGGAAACGGUUUGCUGUUAUGCUGUGCAUCGGUUUGACGGUGACGGCAUACAGUAUGAAAACAAUUAACCGGAAUGUUGAUUGGCGCGAUGAAGAGAGCUUGUACCGUAGUGCAAUCAACGUUAAUCCAGCAAAAGCCUUGGGCAACUUGGGCAGCGUUCUCAGCUCACAAGGACGAUAUGAAGAAGCAAAGGAAUCGCUGCAGCUCGCCUUGAAACAUCGACCGAAUAUGGCGGAUGUUCAUUAUAAUUUGGGCAUUUUGUACCAAAAUAACCAACAAUUCAAAGAAGCUGUCGAUUGCUUCCAAAACGCCAUCCACUAUCGACCAUCGUUGGCAUUGGCUUAUUUGAAUAUGGGAACAUCGUUCAUCGCAUUGGGUCGUUGCAACGAGGCGGUGAAAAUUCUUCGUGAAGGUUCGAAAUUGGAUGGCCAUGGUUUACGAGAUCGUACCGCCCACGAUAAUGCCAGAAUGUCAAUGCUGGUACAAUUGGGCAGUUUGUAUGCAGAGCAAGGGAAAUUGCAACGUGCAUUGUCAGUUUAUCGGGAGGCAUUGCACAGUUUACCACGAAAUUAUCCACCACAGAGUAUUUACCAAAGGCUUGGUGAUACACUGGCUCGAAUGAAUCAAUGGUCAGAGGCAGAGCGUUUCCAUCAAGCCGCUCUGGAGGUGCAACCCGAUCAUGUUGCAACGCAUGUGUCUUAUGGAACAAUGUUGGCUCGAAACAGUAGUCGAACGACAGAAGCUGAAUUGUGGUUCAAGCGUGCACUGAAAUUAGCUCCGGAUGAUUCGAGCGUUCGGCAUCAUUAUGCUGAAUUCCUAAGUUCGAUGUUACGAAAUGAAGAAGCAUGUGAACAGCGUAUAAAGGCGGCUGAGCUAUCGCCAAACGAUUAUUCACUGGCUGUAGCAGCUGCUACAGCUCUCCGCCUACUAGAUAGAAAAAAUGAAGCUGAAAAAUGGUAUCGAACGGCGGUUCGCUUACGACCCGAUGAUGCAAGAGCGCACACAAACCUUGGUGCCAUUCUUCAUUUGCUUGGACGUCCGAUUCAGGCGGCCAUUAGUUACAAAGAAGCGCUACAGCUACAGCCAAACGAUCCAACAACCAUAGCCAAUUUAGCGAAACUAGGUAUUGCGGAAAUGGCUUAGAACUUUCAGCUCGUGCACUUCCAGGAACUCGUGUCUCCCCCCAACAUUUAAUGUACAUAACACAUUUUUACGCACUUAUUAAUUUCUUCAGCAAAACAAAAACAACAGAAAUAACACAGACAACCAAAUGUAAAUCACAUGUCAUAUUCUUCCAAUCAAGUGGAUUCUAGAUGUAAUCAACAUCGGAAACAAGGCUAUGUAAAGUAGAGAGAGGACAAAGAAAAAAAAAUACCAAAUAACAAAUGAAUAAAGUAAAAUAUAUAUUUAUUUAACUGCAGCGAUAGGUACAUGCGCAUCAUAUGCACUCCAAAAAUAUAAAAAAAACGACAACAACAAACGCCAUGGAACUAGCAGCUGCAAUCCCUCUCGAGGGUGUCAUUCCGUUGAAAAUAAAAUAUUUUCAAAAUUUAUGACUUAUGUAUAAAAAAAAAUAGAGAUUGUAAUGUGUACAUAAUAAACGCGACAGAAUAAAAAAAAGAUUGAAUUCAUAUAAAACUCAUGAAAAAUCAUCAUACAACAAAUCUGUAUAAUUUUCCACAGAGUUAUAAAAUAAAACAACAGGCUACCAAAAGGUAUUGAAAAUUGUGUGAAGAGAUUUAAAAUGAACAAUUUAUUAUUAUAUGAGUGUAAAUAUUAUAUGAUUGUGAAAUAUUGUACUGAUUUAUACCGGAAAGCUCUGGGCAACCGGUAACAACAAUGCUGUACCAAGUUAUGGUUCGCCCAACAUAUUCAUAUUUCAUAUAUCACAACAGAACAACAACAAAAACCAUUUAAAUAAUCACUGUUGCAUGGAAAAAUGUAGGUGCUGGAUAAUUCAUACCCUCCCCUCCCCUAUUAACAAUGAAAAAAUGCCCAAUCUAACAAAAAAUAAUUGUACUAAAUAAACAAAGUGAUGGAAUGAAUAAUACUUUAAAUUGAGUACCUAAAAGGUAUUUACUCCAUUAUUGUUAUAGGAAAAAUGAAGCGCGCGCUUGAAUAAAAAUUCGCAUAAAGUGCUAUAAUUUUAACUAGUUUUUCGACCAACCAAUAAUCACUAUCUCAUAAAAUCUGUUAAAAACUUUGGUUUAAAAACAUAAAUUCCGCCAUAUUUUUCCAAAAUGCAAAUUAAAUUGGCCAACAACAAAAUAUGCAUUUUAUUUGGCAUUAAUAACACAACAAACACACUCAUACAAAAUAAAUUAAUUCCCUCAAUUUAUUGCUCUACGUAUUCUACAGGAAGUGUAUAUAUUUGGUGUGGGAACCAACUGAUUUAGCUGAAAGGUGGUUAAAUUGAUUUUCUGUUUGUUCUAUUUUUUUUUCGUCUGAAUUUGAAUAAAUUUAGGUGCUUGACAGAAGCAGCACACAACAGAAUAUAUUGUAAAUUUGUGUAUUUUUGUAUCCAAUGCAACGAUGUUAAGACGUUUUGAGAAACAUGAACAUGAAGAAAAAUGAUUGGAAUUCAACCAGAUAUUGUAAUAGAUGUAAACAAUAAACAAUGUUCUAAAUAAACACACACACACACACACACGUAAAAUCAUACCAAUUAAACGGGGCAUAAUGAUUAUUUAUAUUUUUCUUUUCAAAAUGAUUUCUCUCACGUUUUUUCAACAACCAAAAAAAUGUUGUUAUCAUUUCAAAUCCAAACUACAAACAUUAAUCCAAUCAAAACUGUAAAUAAAUUAGAAUUGAUGAUGAAUAUUAUGCCUGUAAAUAUAAAUUUAGUGUAACGAUAACAUUAUUAUAUAUUUGAAUAAAAUUUUGGGCGAUUCGAGAUGAGACGCUCUUAAAUAAUAAAUAAAACAAAUUGCAAAAAAAUUGCAAAA